UUGAUAUUGAACUAAAUAAAUGAUGCCCAAAGCUAUUGCCAAAGCAAAAUACAACUGUCGCCAUGACAACUGUAAGGAAGAAAGAAGAGCGCAUUGUAAAGACCACCAGACUAUGAUUUGCUUGUUCCAUUGUGACCUAUUCCACUUGAACUGUGACACGAGACAAUUAUAAUUAGUCCUUCAGACUUGAAAGCUUCUUUGAAUCCUCUUAAUAGGUCUUUGAGCCAGAUAACAAGAUUCUCUCAUACCUACAAGAGCUUCAAAAAGCACGUUAAGGACUAUAAGGGUGAAAUUGAUUACUUUAUUCCUGAGUUUGCAAAUCUCGAAACAAAAGUUAAUGAUGCCAUCGAAAAUGAUACCUUUGAGAAGUUUGAAGAAAUCAGAGAGGAAAUUUUAGAUCUCUACAAGAAGUUUGAUACUAGCGCAUUUUACCAACAAUUCAAAGAUUUCUUGUUCCGCAAAAACAUAGAGGAGAGUCAGGAGGAUAUCCAGGACAAUCUUUCAUGCCUUGGUCAUAAGGCUAAAAAUCACCAAUUGUUGAAGAAGCAUGAGGAUAGAAUCGUUCAAGAGGCAAAAACAAAGGGGCUCAUGCAGAGAAUCAGAGACCUUGAGAAAGAAAAUGCUAAUUUAAAAAGAGGGAUCAAUCAUAACCGAGUCGUCCAAAAUGAAGAGGAGAAAGUUGAACUCUCUCAAAGUGAUAAUCUUCAAUUAAACGUUGAAUCUCAGAAUUAUCCAAAUGAUAUUCCCAACAAAAUUGCAGAUCAAGAAGCAUCUCAAUCUUCGAUAGAACUUGACUUUACUCAAAAAGAAGACUAUGAAAUUGACGAAAUUCUGAUUGAAGGCAAAAAAUUAAAGAACUGAAAGAGAAUUGCCCUAUGUAUUGAUAAUAGAGUUCAUAGAGAACUCAUUGAGAAUUCAUUCCCAGACCAUGUGAAUAUCCUAAAUGUAUGAAUGCAAGAAUAUUCAAGAAUAAGAGAUUCAAAUUUACUAGAUGGACUUUUCGCAGUUAUUAAUAGAGCAUCAGAUGAAGUAACCUUAGAAAACUUUCAUUUUACUCAAAACGAUUUAGAGAUAAUCUUUACCAAUAUCACAGCAAAGAGACUUAAUUUAGCUAAAACUAGCUUUAAGAUAUCAGAUACAGUAGAUUUUACAUGUGAAAGCUCUAACUUAGAAUGCUUGGGCCUAAACAAGUGUGGAAUUAAAGAUAGAAAUAAUUGGAAGAAUAGCAUAGAGACUCUCGAAACUCUUCUCAAUGGGCUAUUUGACUCCAAAAUAUCAGAAUCUUUGAGAACAAUUGAUAUUUCCAACUGUGGUAUUAAGGUUCCUAAACUUAACGAAAUGUUAGACAGGCUCAGGUUGUACCAUUUGGAGAUCACCAGAGACCAUCAAUAAUCUUACUUUUUACAACAAUUACGUACACAAU